AUGUCAAAGUACACCUCUCUGAAAUCUCAGCCACCAGUUCCUGAGCCCUUUGAGGACGACGAUGUGUUUAUCCAGCCGGAUAGCGGUGUGUCAGAAGCGCACGAAGCAGAUUUAGGUUCUCCGUUAGAUCCAGAACCAGCGCCCGCACCGUCAACAGCAAAUACAACAUUUACGGGUUCAAAGUCCAAAAAGACCUAUUCCGGUGGGAUAUUCACCCUCAAUUAUUACCGGCAAUUCUUUGAUCUUGAGUCAAGUGAGUUCUUCCGCAAUUGCUACAGAAGCUUGAAUCCUUUGGUGAAGCUUCCCGAGGAGGAGUUCAGGGAGGUUGGAGACCUCUACGGAUCAGUUUGGAUCACCGCGACUUUGGUUUACCUUUUAUUCUUUUGUAACUCAUUUGCUGAGCUAAUAAGUGAGUGGUUUCUUCACAAUGAUACAUUAGGCGUCAACUAUUUCAAAAUGAUCAUCACAUCCAUCAACUUGCUCUACGGAUACAUCGCAAUAAUCCCAACGCUCUUAUAUUUAGUUCUACGCUUCUAUUUUAAAGUCGUCGUGCUUAUUCCCUUGACCAAGCUCAUUUCGAUCUACUCAUACUCAAACAUCAUGUGGAUUCCUGCUACGCUUUUGAGUAUAUUCCGUGGAUUACUUAUCAAUCAUCACCUUUUGGACAAUGCUCUAAAAUGGACAUGCAUUGGUAUAGGGGCAAUCUUAAGUGGAUGGAGUAUUACAGUCAAAAUAUCCCAGUAUUUUGGAACUAUUUUUGGUCAGGAAGACAAAAAGCUUUCCGUGCUGGUUCUUGGCCUCUUGAUUUUAGCCCAUGUGGGUUUCUCUUUGGGAGUGAAGAUAUGUUUCUUUGGGGACUUAUAG